AUGAGUAUUAAUCGACCACUGAGCUUCAUAGGCGGUCCGACACCAUACCAGGAAUCACUUCCUCGACCGCCUCCCGAUGAUCGAUUUCUAUCCGUCGACACACGAAGAACACUCACGAGAUCUGAAUCCGAGCCGUCCGUAGUCGAAACAUCCCAUAUUAAUGGCGACCCAACCAAAAGACCCCAGCAGCUUUCGUCAAACCAGCGAAGUAACUCAUUCGAGCAAGGAUCAAAAUCGCCGCUAUCGCCUACGCUUUCCCUUCGUGAUGUUCAAGCCGACUCUCAGUUUUCUCUCACCAAUAUCGAUAACCCGAAUGACAUUGCUCUGGAGUUGAGUAAUUUGCAAGCCCUCAGACGACUAUCGAUGGAUGUUGGGAAUAAUAAGGAUCCUGAUAUGCCGCCUAUGUCUUUGAUGGCCAUGCCGACAAUAGCACCAAGUGGUGACGACGACGAAAAUGACCCUUCGAGACUACUUUGGGUACCUGCAAGAGUGCACCCUGAGCUGGCGCCUGGCGAAUUCAAGUCUUUUCUUGAGAACAGGGUUCAUUCCAUAAGAAGGAGAUCCGGGGAUUCCUUCCUAUCUGCCGACACAGAUACUAGCGACGGCGACUCAGGUGUCGGAGGGCUAAGGCGAAAGAAAUCGAUGCUGUCUCGCCAAAUAGACCCUUCCGGGGAGCGCGAUGCCAGCGGUUACAUCGACGGUGCUGAUCGAUUAGAGCGAAAACGGUCACGAGGCCACAGCCAUGAGCUCAGUUUGGAGGAACUCGUUAAGGAUCCCACAAGGGCUGUGCAGAAAUUUGCACAGGAAGCCCAGAUAGUACCUACUGGACCCGAAAGCAGUGCCGACGAUAUGCCUAUCUUACCCGCCGCCCCGGGCAUGGGUUUGCGUAGGUCAACUCGAACAACAUAUCGAAAGGGCGGAAGUAUUCGUACCGGGCCUCUUGCUCGGCGCUCCGGGCACCGGCAGCAGCCCAGCGAGGACUUCUCGACUUUAGAUGCGCCCCCGGGUCAUGGUAUCACAAGAGUACAAUCAGAGCCUGUAGCAGACAACCAUUCACGCCUAAACCAUACAGUCAAGCGAUCCAACAAUUUUUCACAGGAGUCGUUGGAUGACUUUAACCCUUACGAUGGAGUUUCACACGGAACGAACGAAAAUGAGAUGAAACCUUCAGAGGGAUUCCAAGAUCAGCUUCCCGUUCGCUCAUCGUCGAGUCUUCCAACCAUUCAAACUUCAUCUCAUCAAGAUGUUCACGACCAGCAGGAACAGAAAUUCCCAAAACGAUCAUCUUCUCAAAACGCAAAAAGCCAAUCUGUAGCUCAGAGGAUUUCCGACCCUGAACCCACGAUAGAGGAGGAGCCAAGCCGUUCUAAUCGACGAAGUAUGAAUCGGCCCGCCGCAUCUCAGCCAGCGCCGCAACAGUAUGCCUCGCGAUCUUCAUAUCCUCAAAGCCAAUCCUUAAACGACAAUCUUGCCGCAAACCCUUCCCUCCUGCCUGGCAGUGGCGCAACUCGAACAGAUAGCCUUACAUUCAUACCAACACUUAGCCAAGAGGAGCGAAAGCCAGACAAAAAGUCCAAGAAGGAUCGAGAUGACGACUCAAGUUCCACCAAGUCUUCCGGAAGCGCCUGGAAAUGGUUCAAGAGUGCAAGCGAUGACAAAGACAAGAAGAAGGAAGAAAGCAAGAGGUCCAAGACCAAAUCGCUUGGAGAGAGGGUUCAGGAUAACGUACGACUGGAUGUCAUACAAACAUCAAUCGAUAAGAACGCCCCCAAGGCUCGCGAGAGCCUCGUACUUGAUCGUGACAACGUGGACAGCAAACUACAGGAAGAACGUAAAAAGGAGAGUUACCGCAAAAGCGAUUCGAAGAGGGACAAGGACGGUAGCAUUUUCUCAUCCAUCUUUGGCGGAAGCAAGAAGAAAGAAGAGAAAGAACGGAACGCAAAGAAGACCCAACACCUCAAGGUCCCAGAAGAGCCGGUUUACAAACCUCUGGUCCCUGACGUGGACUAUCACUGGACCAGAUUUCCCCUACUUGAGGAGAGGGCGAUAUAUCGAAUGGCUCAUAUUAAAUUGGCUAACCCCCGCCGGCCUCUGCACAGUCAAGUUCUACUGAGCAACUUCAUGUAUAGUUACCUAGCCAUUGUACAGGCGAUGCAUCCUCAGAUGAACGUCCCCCUCUCGCCGCAACAGAAGAGGCAGGAGGAGGAAGCUCGACGCAAGCAACAAGAGCAGGAAUACUUGGCUCAACAAAGAUUGCAGGAAGAGCAGGAUGCCCAAGAAACCAUGGAUCAAUACGACUUCGACUAUCAUCGGGCCGCGGUACAAUAUGGUGAAUCUGGCAGUGGGGAGGUAGAUUAUGUCGACGAUGCUCAAAUUUAUGAGGAUGAGCACGGAACUGAUCACCAUCAACGUCAACAGCAACAAGAAUAUGCCUACGAUGACCCGGAAGGGUACGGCCCGGGAGAAAAGGAAUACUACCACCAGUACCAUGACGCCGGGAACGAUCGUCGAAAUGAUGGGCGGGAGGACAUGUGGUAA